AUGAUCUGCUUUUCAGAUAACACCAUCCAGUCCAUUUUCUGUUGCUGUUGCUGUUGUUCCUUGCAGAAGCGACAAGUAAGAACACAAAUAAGCCUGAGCAAAGAUGAAGAAUUUUCAGAAAAAUACACUCCGCGUCGCAGGCUGUGGUUCAAGGAAUUGCCAAGUAAGAAGCGAUCCAACAGAGGCCACACGCAGCCAUCCAAACGCAAGCCUCUGCCUCCCCUCCCGCUCUCUGAGGUCACUGAAGAGAAGAUCCAAGUAAAGGCGCUCUAUGAUUUUGUGCCCAGAGAGCCAUGUGAUUUAGCUUUGAAGAGAGCAGAGGAGUACCUGAUACUGGAGAAGUAUAACCCGCACUGGUGGAAGGCGAGAGACCGUUUGGGGAAUGAAGGCUUAAUCCCCAGCAACUAUGUCACUGAAAACAAACUAACCAAUUUAGAAAUAUAUGAGUGGUACCACAGAAACAUUACCAGAAAUCAAGCAGAACGUGUUUUGAGACAAGAGUCUAAAGAAGGUGCAUUUAUUGUCAGAGAUUCAAGACAUUUGGGAUCCUACACAAUUUCUGUGUUUAUAAAAGCUAGAAGAAAUAUGGAGGCUACCAUCAAACAUUAUCAGAUUAAAAAGAAUGAGUUGGGACAGUGGUACGUGGCUGAAAGACACCUCUUUCCAUCAAUCCCUGAGCUAAUCUGGUAUCACCAGCACAAUGCGGCAGGUCUCAUGACCCGUCUCCGCUACCCAGUUGGACUGAUGGGCAGCUGUUUGCCAGCCACAGCUGGUUUUAGCUAUGAAAAGUGGGAGAUAGAUCCCACUGAGUUGGCUUUUGUAAAGGAGAUUGGAAGCGGUCAGUUUGGGGUGGUCCAUUUAGGCGAAUGGCGAGCGCACAUCCAGGUAGCUAUCAAGGCCAUCAGUGAAGGCUCCAUGUCCGAGGAGGAUUUCAUCGAAGAGGCUAAAGUGAUGAUGAAAUUAUCUCAUUCAAGGCUAGUCCAGCUCUAUGGGGUGUGCAUACAGCAGAAGCCCCUGUACAUUGUGACGGAGUUUAUGGAGAACGGCUGCCUGCUGAACUAUCUCAGAGACCGGAGGGGAACGCUUACGAGGGAGAUGCUGCUGAGCAUGUGCCAGGAUAUCUGUGAAGGGAUGGAGUAUCUGGAGAGGAACUGCUUUAUUCAUAGGGAUUUAGCAGCAAGGAAUUGUCUGGUCAGUGCUGCAAGUAUAGUAAAAAUAUCGGACUUUGGAAUGACGAGGUACGUUUUGGAUGAUGAAUAUAUCAGUUCUUCUGGAGCCAAGUUCCCAAUCAAGUGGUCCCCUCCUGAAGUUUUCCAUUUCAACAAGUACAGCAGCAAAUCUGAUGUCUGGUCAUUUGGAGUUUUGAUGUGGGAAGUUUUUACAGAAGGAAAAAUGCCGUUUGAAAAUAAGUCGAAUCUGCAAGUUGUGGAAGCCAUUUCCAAAGGCUUCAGGCUCUACCGUCCUCAACUGGCGCCAAUGUCCAUAUAUGAAGUCAUGUACAGCUGCUGGCAUGAGAAACCUAAAAGCCGCCCCACAUUUGCUGAGCUACUGCAGGUUCUCACGGAGAUCGCAGAAACCUGGUGACCUGAAUGGAAUGCCCACCCGGAGGAUCAUCUUGCAAAAUUAUCACAAGAGGAAAUCCUGUGUGGGGUCACUGAUGGUGAACACCUUCCUUUAGAGCUGCUGACUCUUGGAAACAGUGCAGAGAUCACAGACUUUUCAAACUUUAAGGCUUAAGAAGAGUCUGGCAGUAAUUUUUCCGCACAGGUGUUUGAGAGGGGCUUCUAAACUCUGAUUUUUCUGUAAUGUUCUUCAUGUCCCAUACGCGAAGAAUGGAAAAAUGCUCCAUCACAGUCUUCAGUGCUCUUCGUGACAAUAGCCCAGAGAGUCCCUGAGGGUAAAUGAAGACCUGACCCAUUACAGGGCUGAGGACAUUUCUUUUUUGAAGAGGAGUGAUAUUCGCUACUUCAGCGACUUGCUGAAAUAAAGAAAUUCAGCUAAUUCUUGAAAUAAAGGAGCCUCCCCUGCAGAAGAUAAUGCUUUUGAGCUGUACAGAUCCUUAUGGAAAAUGCACCUUUACAAACCACAUGAAUGUGAACAUUCUUAAACUGUCUUUUAUAAUCUUCUCUAUGUUAUUUAACUAAUCAGUUUUACCCAUACCGGAUUCCUUUGGAAAUAGCUUCUUGUAUUGCAGGUUUUUUGUUUUUGUUUUUGUUUUUUAGGUAGGCAUGGAGCCAGCCCAUCGUGGGGCUUGAACUCCUCACCCUGAGAUCAAGGCCUGAGCUGAGAUCGAGAGUUGGACGCUUAGCGGGCUGAGCCACCCAGGCGCCCCCACCACAUUCCAGUUUUAAGCAUUGCGAAGGCAAAGUUCUUUGAACAGGCCCUGGUGACAUUUCUAUUUGCAGUAAUAUCCAUUGUCAGGGUUGGUUCAGAACCUGAAUUUCAGUCUAAAAUCUGUUCCGUGGAGGUGAACAAUUUCAGAAGC